AUGGAACAACUCACACAAUUCGUAUCGAAAACAUUUGAAAAAAAAACUCAUACACACAAUGGAGAUGAAGGUGAUGGUGAUAAUAAUGAUGAUGAUAAGAAACAAAUGGAAAAAACUAUAAAAACGGAAAUCCCGUUGAAUCCGAUACCGGAAACGAUUCAAAUUUCUACGACGAAAUCACCGUCGGAAAGGAUUUCGCCAAAAACGGAUGCGGAAAAAAAGGGAAAUUUACAAAAUGUCGUCGAUGUGAUAACGAAUUCUCAUAAGAAAAUAAUGGAAAAUUUAUAUAAUUACAAUCGGAAAAUUGAUGAUGUUAAAAAAACAACAACGAAUUCGGGGGAUUAUUAUGGGAAUCGGGAAAACGAUCAAAUCAUCAUGGAUGGUAACAUUGAAAAAAAAUUAAAAUUCGGUUCGAGUGGUAGUAAAACAAACGUUAUGGACGUUGCUAAUUUAAUUGGUGAUCAAAAUAAAAAUAAAAUUAAAUCAAUGGAAAGAAAUUUUCCAACGUUUUAUAAAAUACAAUUAAAUAUGGAUGAUAAGGAAAAAAUUGAGCCCGCGGUGGAUUCGAAAUAUCCGACGGAUAUAUCAAUCCGAGGAUCAUCCGUAUCACCCGUUGUGGAUCCAGACGAUUCAAGAUCUUCUUCCGGUAAUUCCGGAUGUAAAAAAGAAUCGCAUGAUGAUGUUGUUAGAAAUAAAAUUUACGUUGGAAACGAUGACGAUUCUAAAAACAGGUAUAACGUCACCGUAAUAUUCCCGCGGGAAGCAGACGACACAAAAAAAAAUCGUCCCGACAAAUGA